AUGGCUACCGUAGACGAUGGCAAGCCGACAGCUGUGCCUGACACCGAGCGCGACCCCAACUAUGGCGAAGGCACAGAACUUGAGCAAGAGAAGACGGACCGAAUCAUCACAGGCGACAAAGUCGAGCUACAAGACAGUGAUGCUUGGGACAAGCUUGGUUAUUCUUUCCCAACUUGGCGCAAAUGGCAGAUCCUCAUCGUCGUCUUCUUCAUCCAAAUCAGCAUCAACACGAAUGCGUCCAUGUACUCGCAUGCCGUCAGCGCCGUGUCUGAACAUCAUGGUGUCAGCGAACAAGCAGCUCGCGUCCCACAGGCAGCGUUUUUGAUCGCCUACGGUAUCGGUUGCGAACUUUGGGCUCCCUGGUCAGAAGAGUAUGGACGAUGGCCCAUCCAGCAACUCAGUCUGUUCCUUGUCAACCUCUGGCAAAUACCAGCCGCUUUGUCGAAGAACUAUGCGACAUAUGUGGUGGUCCGGACGCUUGGAGGCUUAUCAACGGCUGGCGGCUCGGUCACGCUUGGUGUACUCGCCGACAUGUGGGAGCCGGAUGAACAAGAGUUUGCUGUCGCAUUCCUAGUGCUAUCAUCUGUGGGCGGGUCCGUUGUUGGUGCGAUCAUCGGAGCGUUUGUAGAAAGGUACAAGUCGGUCGAGUGGAUAUUCUGGGUCCAGCUCAUCAUCGGAGGCUUCGUCCAGCUCGUUCACUUUGUCUGCAACCCCGAAACUCGCUCGACAAUCCUAUUGGACCGCGAGGCGAAGAGAAGACGUAAGACAGGUGAAGAUCCGAACAUCUAUGGUCCGAAUGAGAUCCGAGGUGGCCAUAAGAUGAGCUUUAAAGAGGUCGGCACUAUCUUCUGGAGACCUUUCUACAUGUUCUUUACCGAACCAAUCGUUCUAUGGCUCUCACUCCUCAGUGGUUUCAGCGACGCCCUGAUCUUCACAUUCUUGGAAUCUUUUGGUCCCGUCUACGAACAAUGGGGCUUUGGCGUCGUUGGCGCAGGUCUAGCCUUCCUUCCCAUCUUGAUCAGUUACUUCCUAGCUUACGCUUCAUACAUGCCGUCGAUUAUCAGUUUCCGGAAGAAACGACGACAGAAUCCAGGAUCAGUCGAACCGGAAGCCCGACUUUGGUGGUUACUGUUCCUCGCUCCGCUGGAGACUAUCGGCUUGUUUGGGUUUGCUUGGACGUCACUUGGCCCAGAUUAUGGCAUUCCUUGGAUCGCGCCGAUGAUCUUCUCGGCAAUGGUUGGCAUGGCGAACUAUGCAAUCUACCAGUCUUCAAUCGAUUACCAAACAGCCGCAUACGGCCCCUACGCUUCCUCGGCAACCGGUGGCAACGAUCUCGCUCGUGACGCUCUAGCCGGUAUCGCUUCUCUAUACUCAACACCGCUCUACUCGAACAUCCCUGGCCGGCCGCUGCAAUACGCUUCCACUAUUCUAGCCUGCCUUGCUUUCCUGGUCACCCUUCCCAUUUACAUCGUGUACUGGAAAGGUCCGCAGAUCAGAGCCAAUUCGAAAUUUGCGCAGAGCCUCGAUCAAAGUCGACAACAGAGAGAUGAAAAGAGGAGAAAGAGUGUUCAUCCAGGUGUGGAGGGGCCGCUGGGUGAGAAGGAGCAGAGGGUUCAUCGAGAGAAUGCGUAG